UGUAUUCUUUUGCUUUCUACGACGCAGAAGAGGAGAGAGAGAGAGAAGAGAAGAGAAGAGAGAGAGGGAGAGAGGUUCGACGAUGGAGGGAGCGCAGUAUAAUCCGCGCACUGUCGAGGAAGUCUUCAAGGACUUCAAAGGCCGCCGGACCGCCUUGAUCAAGGCUCUCACCACCGAUGUUGAAGAAUUUUAUCAGCAAUGUGAUCCAGGAAAGGAGAACCUCUGCUUGUAUGGUUUUCCAAGUGAACAAUGGGAAGUGAACUUACCGGCUGAAGAAGUGCCCCCAGAGCUCCCAGAGCCGGUUUUAGGUAUCAACUUUGCAAGGGAUGGCAUGCACGAGAAGGACUGGAUUUCUUUAGUGGCUGUACACAGUGAUUCCUGGCUGCUUGCAGUUGCCUUUUAUUUCGGUGCUAGAUUUGGAUUUGAUAAGGCUGAUAGGAAGCGGCUCUCCAAUAUGAUACAUGACCUUCCAACAAUCUUUGAAGUGGUGACUGGUACUGCAAAGAAGCAAGAGAAGGCAAAGUCUUCUGUAGCCAAUCACAGCAGCAGCAAAUCCAAGUCUACUGCCAAAGCGCGAGCAUCUGAAUCUCGGGGAAAAUUUACGAGAGAAUCACAGGAGAAGGAAGAAGAUGAGGAGUUGGACGAGGAAGAUGAGGAGGAGAAUGGGGAAACCUUGUGCGGAGCAUGUGGGGAGAACACUGCCUCGGAUGACUUCUGGAUCUGCUGUGACCUAUGCCAGAGGUGGUUCCAUGGCGCGUGUGUGAAGAUAACUCCAGCUAGGGCCGAGCAUAUUAAACAAUACAAGUGCCCAUCAUGCAACAACAAGAGAGUUCGGGGUUGAAAUUAGUCCCAGUGGUUCAAGCAAUGCAGCCUGCUUCCCUUGCUCUGCAAUCUCUCGCGGGGCACAGAGCUCACUGCUGGUUUCUUGUUUGUCUUUUACUAGCACCACAUAUAACCUUUUAGGAUAUUGAAAUUAGAUGUUGGGAACUAUUUUCAUUUAAUUGACAUGUGACAUUCCAUUUCGACUUUUGGUUACACAUGUAGAUGCUGUGAGGCAAGACGUUACACAAGAUGUUUGCACUCCUUUUCCCAUUUGCUUGCUGGUAGUUCAUUGGUUAGCCGACCUUGGGAUUGUGCGUCAAUUAUUUAGAGUUAGUUUUUCCUUGCAGUAAAGCAGCCAUUGUCCUGGCGAAU